CCCGAACACCACAUUACCAUGCCCCGCACUCAUGCCAUUUCCCCUUCGACGCCGGCCACCACGGACGAAGACACCAAGCCCGACGUCAGGCGCAACACCAACGACGCCGCGCCUGAGGCAGACGUCAACACAGGGAAACGCCGCCGUCUCGAGACCAAUCCCACCACCACCUCUGGCCCCCGCAACCGCGCGUGGACGGCAGACGAGUAUCUCGCCCUCUUCGAGAGCGUGAGCAAGAGCGGCGCGGGCGCAAAAGCGUUCUCCGAGGUGCCGGGUCGCACACCGAGGCAGGCCGCGGGUGCGUGGCGUCCAACAUCCGUGAUGCCCUCCUCCCCCUCCCGCACUCCCGCCCCCCGCGCUAGCGGUAUUAAGGCGACAGUCGGCAAGCGCGGGGCUCGACCCUCUUCUUCCUCGUCAGCCGACACCAAGCCUUCUCUCCCGCACCAGAGCACCAACUCCGAAGCGAGCAACUACACGCCGUCAUCUGACGACGAGAAGCCGCAGGUGAAGGGGAAGCGCAAGCGCGCGUCCGGACCUAGCGCCAAAGCCACUGCACGUGCAUGGACGGGCGAGGAGUACGCGCAGCUGUUCGAGCACGUCGUGGCCCACGGGGCCAACAGCAAGAGCUUUGCGGAAGCCGUGCCCGGCCGCACCAAGCAGCAGUCGUCGAUGGCGUGGCGCCAGGUCGUGCGUCCUCGGUGCCACGAAAUGCUGCUCGCAAAGGGCAAGCGGUCUUAGCUGUCAGUGAGACCCUCCAGUCUCUGAGGAUUCGUAGCUGUUGCACAGGAUUCUGUAGGUUUUGGUCUGACGAAGCGAGAGUACG